UCACACCUAUAUAUAUACAUAUAUAUAUGUAAAUGUACAGAUGUAUAUAUGUAUAUACAAUCACACACUAAACACUGUGCGCUGGAAACUUAUUGAGUUCUGAAGUAAAUCUUUAACGGGACGUAUUGAUAUUGAGGAGGGAAAAAAAAGUACGUUUAUUCGCUCCAGUGUUUUCUUAACAGAAAAGGAAAAAAAAAAAAUUAUAGCAAGAAAAAAAGAAAAAAGAAAAAGAAAAGAAUUUUUUUUUUUUUUUCCAGAAUUUUAGAUUUUCAGUUUUUCUGGGUUGAAGCAAGCAACAUUUGAAUUACUGCUCGUAUUUGCGGAAUUCUUUUCUUUUAAAUAAUUCACUGUGUGUGGUGUUUAUUAAUAGAUGUGAGUGACUACGUGCGAGUCUCUUGAUUAUUUUAAUCGCCAUUCCAUGCAAGUUAAGGAGGAUUCCUUCUUUGGUCAGCUCUGAGAGAGAAGAAGAAGAAAGCCAGAAAAAAAAGGGAAAAAACAGAAAGGUGAAAAACAGCCCAGAGACAUUACAUAAGAAGGAUACCAAGAAACGGGACCAGGAGGCAAGCAGCGAAUACGAAAUAACGAUUAGCACACCUUACUGUCUUUUGUUUCGGAGUGUGAACUGAGUUUUAUUGUUUAAUUUCUGUUCUUUUAUGUAUACACACAUAUAUAAAAGGCAGUUGAUGUGUUGGAGCGAUCAUCAUACAGGAAAACCAAAGAUGAAUCCGUCGCGAAAUAAUAUCCCUAGAUAUUGGUCAUAGUACUUGGUGAGUACUUGGUGGUUUGUUGGAGGAUUUUUAACGACCACUGUCCUCUGCAGCAUGAGGGUCAUAUCUCAGGGACUACCACAAAGGGACAUAUUGUCCAGGACUACUAGCAUCGUCCUGAAAAAUGUCAUCGGCACCACUCAAGGAAGGAAAGCUUUCUCGGAUGAAGCUUAUUACCAAGCUCCAGAAAUUCGCGAAAGGUCACGAUCUGUUGCACAUUUCUACAACCAGAGUGCCAUAGACAAGGCUGUAAAUAAGCCAUCUGUUCGUUUGACUCCAGCAGCUAUAUUAUAUGCAGGCAAGAAUCGAGAUGGAACUCACAUACUUAGAAGUGCCCAGUAUCUUCAUAAAGAACUGCCCGUUCGAAUUGCUCACAGAAUUGGCGGCUUCAGAGGACUGCCAUUUAUUGUUGGCUGCAAUCCAACAAUUUUGCAAGUGCAUGAAAUGUACAUUCGGGCAUUCAACAUAUUAACUGAAUUUCCAAGUAUUCAUAACUUUGAGGAUGAGCAAAAAUAUAGUCAAACGUUGAAAAGUCUUUUGGAUGAUCAUAAAGAUGUAGUCUCUUUAUUGGCUGAAGGUCUUGGAGAAUCUCGCAAACAUAUCAAAGAUGACAACUUGAUAAAAAUCUUUCUUGAUCGUACUUUAACUUCAAGACUGGGUAUUCGAAUGUUAGCAGAGCAUCACUUGGCAAUGCACGAAGAAAAGCCUAACCAUGUUGGGAUCAUCAAUGUGAAUUUCUCUCCUCGCAAACUUAUUGAAAAGAAAGCAGAGUUUGUAAGGAGUGUUUGCGAAGCUAAAUAUGGAGCAGCUCCCAAUGUCCGUUUGAAUGGCCAUCUGAAUGUAACAUUUCCAUAUAUAGCACCUCCGCUUGAUUACAUUUUAGGUGAAAUUCUGAAGAAUUCCAUGAGAGCAACUGUGGAAAGUCACUUAGAUAAUUUGAAUCAUCUCCCUGACAUUGUCGUGACCAUUUCUAAUAAUGAUGUAGAUUUUGUUAUCAGAGUCUCUGAUAGGGGAGGUGGCAUUCUUCAUUCCAUUGUCAAGAAAGUGUUUGAAUACAGUUUUACAACCAGUGGCAAUAUAACAGAUGACCGAGUUGAUGGUGGUUUAUUUGGUACUAUAACUCAGUCAGAUUACACUGGUCCUGCUCCAGGUUCAAUGCAUGGAUAUGGAUUUGGAUUGCCCUGCUCAAAAGCUUACUCAGAAUAUCUUGGUGGACAACUGACCCUGGAAACAUUACAAGGAAUUGGCACUGAUGUUUAUCUUCGAUUGAGGCAUGUAGAUGGAAAACGGGAAAGUUUCCGGAUCUAGAUGAUUUUUUUUUUCGUCUCAUUUCCUUUUUUGAAUUUCUGGCUGACCUUUUUCUUUUUUUUUUCUUUUCUUUUUUUUUUUUUUUUUUUUUUUUCCCCAUUCGUUAGAUAGUCAGUCAACUAUAAUUAAAAUAUAUAUGUGUGAUGGGCCAGUUUUAUGGUAUUGAUCAGUGGAUUAUAGCAGAAAAAGAUAUUGUGUGAUACACUAUGAAUAAAAUGCAAAAUAAUGCUUUUAAAUCGAAGAGAAAACAAUUUUGCAAAAUAGAGUGUAAAGUUGAUUGUGUCUCUUAAAAUUUAAAAUAAAAAUAAAAAAGAAUUUGAAAAA